AUGCCGCGCGCUGCUGAGGGCUGGCGGAGUGGCAUGCGCGCGCUCACGACGCGAGCCUGUGCACCCCGAGUGACAACGCUUGCUUCGCACGAUGCAGCAGCACUUCUACGCGCGUUGCACGAUACCCUCUCUGCGUGGAAAGUUGGCUCCGCACAAACGCUGCUGUUCUCCCUGAGCAAGUCGCUGCCGCGCGACGUGCUUGCGGAUGCAGUAGGCCUCUUGCACAGCAAACAGCGCACAUCGUCCAGUGUUGGUUUUCUCUCUGCGCCGCUUCCUCCAUCGCUUGUGCAGUCCGCCAAGUUGCCGCACGCAAUUUCGCUUGCUGCACUUUCCGACGCCGUUCCUUUCCGCUCGACUAUUCCCGGCGCGCAGCGCAUCGCAGUUGGACGUGUGCUGGGCCGCCAACCUGGCAAGCCAAAUGCGCGUGCAGAGCGCCUCGGAGACAAUGACUGGCGCACCUUGUGGGGCAAAGAAAAUAUAGAUCUUUCGAUCCCGCCCGCACUCGCGACGGGCCGCGCGCCAGGCGCCGUGCUCUUUGCGAGCGAUGCACAGCCGCAAGGACUGCUAGAAGGAUUAGAUGCACAUUUUCCCCACGCAUCCGUUCUCGGCACGGUCACAGCGCCCACACCGUUCGAGACCGGGAGGGAUCACACGCUCUUUUACAGUACGCCCACCGCCCACGAGAUCUGCGGCGAGGGUGCAGUGGGCGUAGCACUCUAUGGAAAUGCACGAAUCGAGCGGUGCUAUGAGGCGCUUGUGCCUGUAGGCGAGCGUAUGCUAGUAACAGGCGCAAAAGGAAACAUUCUUUCCUCCUUGGACCACGGCAAUGCUACACAGCAGUUCCUACGCAUGGCCGUACAAAAUCACGGCGCACGUACUCGCGAGAUGGGCGAUGCACAAGUGCGUGAUCUGUCGAGCCAAGUACGGAAAGAGGACGAGUACUUUGUAGGGCUGUACGAUGCUGCGCACGGCUCUGAUACGGACGUGGCGCCCGCGCUCAUCGGCCGCAUUGUGUCUGGCCACCCUGUGCGUGGCACUUUGUGCAUCGAGACACACGCCGAACUCGGGCAUGGCGUCCAGGCCGGGUCCAGUGCGCGAUUCUACGCCCAGUUCUUCCGCUUGGCAUCCCCCGCCGAGCAUACGCCAGCACAAAUGCCCGCGGCGCCGCGCACACCGCGGUGCGUGUUCCUCACGUAUCCCGCCGACGGCGGACUCGCUAUAGCGCCGGAUCCCGCGUGCAUGGGUGCAUUCAAGACGCAUGCCAUCACCGAGUUUCCCAACGUCUUUUUUUCCGUGAGCGAUAGGGAAUGGAUUGCGCGGUCGGGCGGCGCGCCGCAUGGCACAUUGGCUGGCGCAGUGCCAUACGCACGCGCAACACUGUACAGCUUGUAA